UUACUUAGGUUUUCUCUUUGUUUUCUUUUUUUCUUUUGCAAGUUGCAACGAUGUCAUUUCCUGGCUUUGAUCCUGGGGACCCUAUUCUCGCUGCUCCAAUUUUUUGUUUGAUCCUGGAAAGGUUUGUUAGGUCUCACUUUCUGUUAGAACUUAGAAGUAGGUGACUUUUCGUGCUUCAAUGAUUAUGCAUUUAUGCCCAAAAGAAAAUGUGACCAAAGUAAAGAUGAACAAUUCUCUUUUGCUAUAAGCCUUUGACUUUCUGAAAUAUUAAGAUCUACUUUCGGUCCAAGACAAGAGAGCCCGGUAACAUUAACCGUCUUCUUCAAGCAUCCUCUUUCCUUCUCCGAUGGAGUCAACCAACAACGAAGUCGCUCGCGAGUUUCGCCUCUUCAAGGUAUACAAAGAUGGUCGCGUCGAAAAGUUCCACAACACACAAAAGGUCCCACCUUCCACCGACUCCGUCACCGGUGUCCAAUCCAAGGACGUCCUCAUUUCACCCGAACCCGCCGUUUCUGCCCGUAUCUUCCUACCCAAGAUCCACGACCCGACCCAGAAACUCCCCAUCCUAUUCUACAUCCACGGCGGCGGGUUCUGCUUGGAGUCCGCUUUCUCUCCAAUGUUUCACAAGCACCUCACCUCCUUAGCCGCCGAAGCCAACGCCAUUGCCGUCUCCGUCGAAUACGGGUUGUUCCCGGAUCGGCCCAUACCCGCUUGCUACGACGACUCGUGGGCCGCCCUCAAAUGGGUCCAGUCCCACUCGACCCGAUCCGGAACCGACCCGUGGCUGAACCAGUACGCCGACUUUAACCGGGUUUUCUUAGGCGGGGACAGCGGCGGAGCCAACAUUUGCCACAGCCUGGCAGUUCGGGUCGGGUCAAUCGGGUUACCCGGAGUCAAAGUGGCGGGAAUGGUUAUGGUGCAUCCCUUUUUUGGUGGGUCGGCCGUGGACGACGAAAUGUGGCUGUACAUGUGUCCGGAGAACGGCGGGGUGCAGGACAGGAGGCUGAGGCCGCCGGCAGAGGAUCUGGCGAAGCUUGGAUGCGAUAGGGUGUUGAUAUUUUUUGCGGAGAAGGAUCAUCUGAGACAGGUAGGGCAGUGGUACUGUGAUGAGCUGAAGAAGAGUGAGUGGGGUGGGAGUGUUGAAGUGGUGGAGCAUGAGGAUGUGUUUCAUUUGCGCAGAGAACCUGAGGGAGAGAAAGCUCAGGACUUGAUCAAGAAGUUUGGUUCCUUCAUCAAGCAAAACUAAGGUGGCGAUGGUUCAUUUAUCGCUACAAUCAGAUAAUCACACAUGAUCAAGGUCAGGACACUGCAUCUAUCAAAGCCUAAACCGUUAUAGCAACAGUAUGUCUUGCCUUAUUCAACCUAACGGGGAGUAAAUCUCUAGCAACUAAAGCAUAUUCCACGGUAAAACGUACUUAUUACAGAAACACAAUGUUAGAAUAAAGUUCCAAACAAAACAAUGCUACACCCUAGUCAAGAGACAUGCAAUUGUGGUGCGAGAAGUUAUGUAAUCGUUGAAGUAGUUAUCGAAGAGAUUAAUGAAGAAACUGCCGCUAAGAGGCUCGCAUCUGAUUUUGUCUUUCUCCGGAGGCUAAACCCAAAUUCAGGUAAUAGAUACAAAAAAUAGAACGAAAGUUCCAAAACCCAAACUCAUGUUUCUCUAGCUCUAUCCUUUGGCAUAGUCAGCUUCCAAGGCGAUCAAAUUUGUUAGCAAAAGCACAACUUCUGAGUUCUGACCAUUGUCAAAUCUGUUAUACCAAAUUCUUCGAAUCUAAGGAAUUACCAUAUUCCAGUUAAUAAACAUUGAAAUGAAUUAUCAACUAA